ACUGCCUGCAGGGCUGGAUCUUUUUUUGUUUCGAGCCGGGAGCGGCAAGCAAGAAGAUAUUUGAGGAAGCAGUUAAUUUCGCAUUAGCUCCAGUCAGAAUGUCAGCAGGAGAGGCUCACAUUGGGAAGCCAGCCCCAGACUUUCUGGCCACGGCUGUAAUGCCAGAUGGGCAAUUCAAAGAAAUCACACUCUCUCAGUACAAAGGGAAAUACGUUGUGUUCUUCUUCUAUCCACUUGACUUUACCUUUGUCUGCCCAACUGAGAUCAUUGCAUUCAGUGACAGGUCUGAGGAGUUUAGAAAAAUAAACUGCGAAGUGAUUGGUGCUUCCGUUGACUCUCACUUUUGCCAUCUUGCCUGGAUCAACACACCCAAAAAACAGGGUGGACUAGGCUGCAUGCGCAUUCCCUUGGUGUCUGACACAAACCGUGCAAUUUCUAAAAAGUAUGGAGUACUAAAAGAAGAUGAAGGCAUUUCCUACAGGGGCCUCUUUAUCAUUGAUGAUAAGGGAAUCUUGCGCCAGAUCACAAUAAAUGAUCUCCCUGUUGGUCGCUCAGUUGAUGAAACACUCCGGCUAGUUCAGGCUUUUCAGUUUACAGACAAACAUGGAGAAGUGUGUCCUGCUGGCUGGCAUCCUGGGAAAGACACUAUCAAACCUGAUGUUCAGAAGAGUAAAGAGUACUUCUCCAAGCAGAAAUAAAUGCGCUGUUUGAUUGUUUUUUUUGUACAAGGCAUCUAUUCUGUAACCUAUAUAAGUAAAAGCAGACCUGUACUUGUCAUUCCCUUUAUUUUUAAUAGUAAAAUUAUUGUGAGCUAACUGGUUUAUAGUUCAGAUGCCAUUUAUCAAUCCAAUUUACGUUGCUAGGACAGCUUUGGAGUAAAUGGAUUAUGUAUUGAAACAUUGGUCAGUACUUAAUAGCUAUUGUUAAUAGUAUACUGUAUGUUACUAUUCAUGAAGAGCCGGACACGACUAAACGACUAAACAACAACAACAACAUACUGUAUGUUCUUUUGAUCAGAACCAGGAAAGGGAAAUUGCUCCUUGUGCUAAUGUGGAUAAAAAGGACCAGUACCAUGUAUAUGAUUGGCCUAGGGAUGCAUGUAGAACAGUCGGUUUUUCUGAUGUUUUGUACUGUCAUUAAACUCGGGGAAAAUCAGA